GGAAUCGGGGUUACAUUGUAGCCAGAAUUGAGAUUGUUUAUUGCUACAGUGUGUCCCGGGACAUACUGGUUGCAGCGCCUGGGUAGGGCCUUGUCUGGCCCGUUCCGGGUUCUCCGUUCUCCGAGCGAGGUGGUUGAUAAAUACAAUGCAUUGUGCACAGGCUUAGGGCAAAUUGCGUGAAAAAAAAACCAACCGUUAAUUAUUAACAGUUGUUCUGUUUAACAUCAUUGCUGGCCAUCCGUCUAUUUUGGAAAUCUACAGUAAAAACUGGAAAUAUUCAGCACGUCAGGAAGAUCAAAAGUGAAGUUUGCAUCAAGGCUUAAAGUAGUUUAUUAUCAUAUACACCAGGGUACAAUGAAUUUCUUUGCUUGCCUGAAACUCACGGUGUAAACAGUGUGCGUGGUGAUGAUAAAUACAACAGAGUGCAAAACAUAGUGAAAAAAGUGCUGGAGGGACAGUAACGGAAGAGGUAGAAUUUGGGGUCUGUGAACAUGGCUGCACCAAGGGAAGGGGAUGGGAGAAGGAACUGGUUCAGGAUUCUGACCGAAGCCGGUUCUUUAAGUCUGGACGUCCAGGCUUUCGGGCUGAUGGCAAUGACGGGGGAAAGGGAAUGGCCAGCGUGGCAGGCAUCCUUGUCAGUCGGUAAAGCACAGAACAGUACAGCUCUGGACGGGCCAUUUGAGCCAUGAUGUUGUGCUAUUGUUGAUGUCAGUUUGUACUAAAUGAUUCCUUAUGUGUCAUAAGACAACUAAAUGCCCUCCUGUGUAACCUAAGACAUGGGAGCAGAAGUGGGACAUUCACCCUGUUGAGUUUAAGUUUAAGGAUUUUAGUUUGAGGAUAAAGGGGAAGCCUUUUAGGACCGAGAUGAGGAAAAACUUCUUCACACAGACAGUGGUGAAUCUGUGGAAUUCUCUGCCACAGGAAACAGUUGGCUAUAUUUAAGAGGGAGUUAGAUAUGGCCCUUGUGGCUAAAGGGAUCAGGGGGUAUGGAGGGAAGGCUGGUACAGGGUUCUGAGUUGGAUGAUCAGCCAUGAUCAUACUGAAUGGCGGUGCAGGCUCGAAGGGUCGAAUUUCUAUGUUUCUAUGAACCUGCUCUGCCACUUGAUCAUAGCUGAUUUAUUAUUCCUCUCAACCCCAAUCACCUGCCUUCUCCCCAAAAACCCUCCGAUGCCCUGCCUAAUCAAGAACCUAUCCCUCAUCCAGAUCCCUCCAAUCCCUUCCUGUUCAAAUGUCUAUUUAAAAAUCACCAACUGCCUGCUUUCUGCCCCUGGUUAUCCUGUCAGUCACCUUCAGCUUUCCUGAAGUAAAGCACUGUGGCAAUGGACUGGAAGGAAGUGAGAAGCCUCUGCUGGACAGGGUUUCCAUCACAUGACUUGGGGGUUGGGAGGGAAGAGGAUGGAUUGGGAUUUAUGGGAUGUCUCUGAGGGUCAGCAUGGAUUCACUGGGCCUCUUCCUGUCAUGUUCUCUGAAACCUAACUCUACCUCAGGGUUGUGUUUGAUAAUGAAGUUUACUUUGAACUCUCCAUUAUUCCGUUACUGUCACCUCAGUAUCUUCACACUACGAUUUUUGCACCACAGUUGUUUUACGCUUGCCACUGUAUUUAUUGUUAAUUAUUUGGAGAUACAGUGGAAUGGCCCUUCCAGCCCAACACUGCCCAGCAACCCACUUAUCUAACCCCAGCCAAAUCACAGGACAGUUGACAAUGACCAAUUAACCUUCUAACCUGCAUGUCUUUGGACUGUGGGCGGAAACCGGAGCACCCGGACAAAACCCACAUGCCCGGAGGAAAGCACUGUACGAAGAAUCCGGUGGAUGGCGGGAAGAAGAACAGAGGAGAGAACUCUGACGUCCUUGAAGAAGUGCGGCAGGAGCUUCAGAGUCUUUACAAGCUGCCGAUGCCCGAGGAUUUCUACCACUUCUGGCAGUUCUGCGAGGAGCUGAAUCCAGGGAAUCCGUGUGAGGCACUGUCUUCAAGUCUUGGACUGCAGCUUGUUGGGCCUUACGAUAUUCUGGCAGGAAAGCACAAAGUUACAACUAACCCAGAGCCGAAUUACUUGUUGCAUUGGAGGUAUUUCUACGACCCGCCGGAAUUUCAGACUGUCAUCGCUGGAGACACUGGAAGACAGUAUCACCUUGGUUACUUCAGGGACACUCCAGAUGAGCUACCAGUGUUCGUGGCUGCCAGCGAAGCUAAGAAAGGCUGCUCGUUGGUCCAGAUGGGAGACAAUCUGUUCUGCUCCGUUAACCUACUUUUAAGUAGAAGACUAAAGGAAUUAAGUAAUAAACGGCAGAGCAGUGUGCUGAAAGAGCUUGAGACCAAAUUAACAGCGGUAGCGAAGAAAUUAAAUUAUUCACUAGACCAAAGAACGCAAGGAAUGAAAGCGAGGGACAGGAAGGUUGUUACUAAGACAUUCCAUGGUGCAGGUUUGGUGGUCCCGAUAGACAAAACUGGCGUGGGUUACAGAGAGCUUCCUGAGACUGAUGGAAGACUGAAAAAGAUCUGCAAGGCAAUCGUAGAAGCUCCAUCUGAUGAAGCAAGGGUCAAAGCUUUUGCCCCGAUCCAAGAGAUAAUAACAUACGUUCAGUUUGCAAAUGAUGAAUGUGACUACGGAAUGGGAUACGAACUCGGGAUCGACCUCUUCUGUUACGGAUCACAUUAUUUUCACAAAGUGGUGCGGCAGUUGUUACCGCUAGCCUACAAGCUCUUGAAGAAUCACCUGUUUGCUGAAAUAAUCGAAGUUCAUUUAGCCGACAGAAAAUGGGAUGAUUUAGACCAACUGAAAGGCUGAAGCUGCCGAGGGCGUUUGGCAACUCAGCACUCCAUCUACACAUUUACUGUAUAAGCUACUAGAAUUUUCAAUUUGAAUUGUAUUAUUUUGCUUUUUUUAAAAACAAUAAAAAUUCUUUGGUGUAUCAGUACUGGCUGUUAAAAAAGGAUGUUGUGGAUGUAUGGAAAUGGGUUUAUUAUCACUGGUGUCCUGGAAUUUUUGUGAAAAAUAUAAAAUUUAAAAUAUUAAAAAUAUGUAGUAUAAAAAGAGCUAAAUA